AUGCUGCUACGAAGCCCAAGUGCUCUGCUGCUGUCUCUGUCUGCUGCCUGCGCCCUCCAGAUCCCCUUCAGCGCGCGAACGCCCCUCGAUGAUGCCCGCCCCACCUUCCCGCCGUUAUCAGCCUCAGCAGGAGUGUCAGCGGGACAGGGACUGAGGAGCCUGACACUGCGACACGCCGUCCAUCUAUCGACGACCGAGCAACACCUCCCGCCUUCGAAGCGCGACUACUCGUCAGGAGAACUCGAUGUCCUCGCCGACCUCACAACCUACUCGAACACCCAGCACGUCAAGACUCGGCGCAUUCGGACUCAGCGACCGAGUUCGCAGGCUGCCUUCCAAGCGGCGCGGAGAGCGUCGUACUUCACGCCGCAGCGAGCGAUGGGACUCGGCCGCCUGCCGACCCUCCAGGAACUCGAGGACGCGGCGCUCGGCAGCACGCUCGAGUGGGACGAGGUCGAGGUUGAAGUGCCGGACACGAGGGAUGUCGAGACGUUGGCGGCGUUUGGGAAGAUGACGAGCAACGCUUACACGACGCCCGACGCUGGAAACUGGUACGAUAUCGGGUCGGGGUGGAACCGCAGCGACUCGUUCGGGUGGAAGGAGGACGGCAUUCGAGGGCACGUCUUUGCGGACGAGACGAACAGCACCGUUGUGAUCGCCAUCAAGGGCACGAGCGCGUUCAUUGUGGGCGGAGACAGCGGCACAUCGAAGAAUGACAAGAUCAACGACAACCUCUUCUUUUCGUGCUGCUGCGCACGCGUUGACUGGUCCUGGUCGACCGUGUGCGAUUGCUACGACGGAAACCGUCAGUGCCGACAGGACUGCAUCGAAGAGGCGGUCAUGACGAAGAGCGCUUACUACCCAGUCGCGACGGACCUGUACAAUAACGUCAGCGCCAUCUACCCUCACGCGCAGAUCUGGCUCGCCGGUCAUUCGCUUGGCGGCGCACUCGCAGCGAUGCUCUCGCGUACCUAUGGCGUCCCCUCCAUCUCGUUCGAGUCGCCCGGCGACCUCCUGCCCUCUCGCCGCCUCCAUCUUCCCCUCCCUCCGCCUCCCCGGAACCGCUCGCGCGACCAUCUCACCAGCCACGACGACAAGCGCCCGAAGCGCUCUUUCGACGACGAGUUGACAACGCACGUCUACCACUCCGCCGAUCCUAUCCCGAAUGGCGUCUGCACUGGCGCGUUCUCGACUUGCGGACUCGUCGGGUUCGCACUCGAGAGUCGCUGCCACACGGGCAAGACGAUCAUGUACGACACGGUCGGCCGACUCGGGUGGAGCGUUGAUAUCCGCACGCACUCGAUUCACGUCAUCGUCGACAAGCUACUCGUCGAUGAUUGGGGAGUCAAACCGAGCGAGGUGGACGGGUCGGCGACGGGAUCGCUGGAGGCAGCGGGACUGAGGCGGAAGCGAGGAGGUUGGUUCGGCUGGUGGCCAGGACGAGGACGGAAGGACGAGGAUGACAAGGGCGGCGACAAGGAGGAGGAGCCGGAGCCAGAAGACGGCCAGCACGGCGGACGAGGCGUGCCCGAGCCGCACUUUGAGGACGAGACUUGCUCCGACUGCGAGAAGUGGACCUACGUCUGA